UGUAUAGAUGUAGCGUUUGCUUGUUUGAAACGAUAUAACGCGACAGAUAUCGCGUAUUGAUGUUCAUGACAAUCGGCUUCCUGGAGUCGAGACAAUGACGAUUUCUCGAAUGAAACGUGAAAAGAAACUUACCUGUGUUCUCAAUAGCAAAAGUUCGUUGGGGCCGAGCUUUCUUAUUCGACAAACUGUAACCAAAAUGAAUCCCAUCAAAAUGGACUAUAGUGGGGCCAAAAUGACUACACGUGGGGGGAAAUCGCAUUCAAGCCUCACUUCUUUGAUAUUAUGCUUCGUUAUUCUUUCCAAAGCUGACUUGUCAACAGCAUGCCCAUCCAUGUGUACUUGCGCAUCGACGUCGGUGGAUUGUACUCACCAAAGUUUGUCUUCAAUUCCGGCUGGAAUUCCAACAGAUACUGUGACGUUAGAUAUGCGUAACAAUCAAAUCGCAACGCUCUCAGCAGAUGCCUUCGCGGGAUUGACAAGUCUUGAAAAGUUAUAUCUCGACACAAUCCAGUUGGUAACUAUUGAAAGUGGAGCAUUUAACGGACUCACUGCUCUAAAAGAAUUGACAAUGACGGCAAAUAGUAUCACCGCACUACCCGAUAGCAUAUUCAGUUCGUUGGGAUCGACACUCAUAAAGAUCGAUCUGAAAAGUAACCAACUCAAUACAUUAUCUGCUUCAACUUUUUCUGGGUUAACAAACCUGGAAACUUUGGAUUUAUCAAGCAAUCAACUGACGACAUUGCCUGCAAAUGUCUUCUCGGAUUUGUCGACACUCACAAGUCUAGAUCUUUCAAGUAACAAACUAGCCAGCAUACCAACUGAUUCACUCAACGGACUGACAAGUCUACCUCUUCUCAAACUUGAUUCAAAUCUUAUCACAAGUAUGGAUGCAGGUGUAUUGGCGCCUCUAACUUCUCUGACCAAGGUUUCAUUAGUUGGUAAUUCUCUCACAACUGUACCAACUGGAGUAUUCGUCGACCACAGCACGUUACAAGAAAUUGAUCUUCAGGAUAAUCAGAUUACAGUCUUGAGUAGUACAAUGUUUUCAAAUCUUGCUGAUAUAAGGGUUAUAAAGUUACGUUCCAACCAAAUUUCAAGUGUUGGAGUAGCAGCAACACAUGCGUUUUUCAAUAUCAAAGCAACACUACGACAAAUCGAUCUUUCUAACAACCAACUCACACAGAUAUUUUUGUAUCAAUUUCUGAGUUUAACGAACUUAGAAAUAAUUGAUUUGAGUCAGAACCAAAUUACUUCAGUGGACCAAGGGUUCUUCACUCUUCAAUCACUCUCAACAAUAAAGCUUCAAUACAAUCAAAUAUCAUCUAUAACUGCUCAAGCAUUUGGACUUCAAUCUCUUGUUACGGUUGAUCUAUCAUAUAAUCAACUUACCACUAUACCUAGUGAUGCCUUUCAAUCAGAUCUGACAGCAUCACUGGUUGAAACCGUUUAUCUCAACGACAACCAACUCACUACAGUUGAAGCUGAUGCAUUUACGCAUUGUCCAAAUAUUCGCACCAUUGUAUUGAAACGAAACUUGAUCAGCAGUAUCGUUGCCUCUUCUUUCUCUGGUUUAGAACAACUAAGGACUGUUGAUCUAUCCAGCAAUCAACUAACGUCUAUCCCAGGCGACUCUUUCAAGGAUUUACCUCGACUCACAAGUAUCGACUUCACAAUAAACAGGCUUGAAUCAGUGCUUUCGGGUGCAUUUACCAAUCUUGCAGCCGUUGUCGAAUUGGAUUUGAGUUCAAACGUUAUUCAUACAAUUGAGUCCGGAGCAUUUACUUCAGUACCCGUUCUGGCAACCUUAACUCUCAAUAUCAAUAAACUGACUGCUGUUCCGAAAACUGGUAUCGAAUCCUUAACAUCAUUAGUGACGCUAGAUCUAAGCUCGAAUCUUAUUGAGGGUUUGUCGGAAGCAAACGCGUUUGGUGAUCUGACAAGUUUGGAAACUCUCUAUUUGCAUAACAACAGUUUGUCAAGUUUAGCCUCCGACUGCCUCGCCGGUUUAAGUGCAAUAAAGAACAUCACUAUGUACGACAAUUCAAUUUCAGCAUUAUCAGCUUCAUUAUCCUCCUCAACCUCACUCUCUAGCUUGAUCUCCCUCAAUUUUCAAUCAAAUUCAAUCUCUAGUAUCAGUGCCGACGCUUUUACCGGAUUCUCAGCACUACAAACGUUGAUUUUACGUGGCAAUUCGUUAACAACGAUUCCAGCUACCACACUGGAUGUUUGCCAGGCAACACUAAGUGACCUCCAACUAGAUGAGAAUAGCUGGACAUGUGACUGUGAUUUGCAAUGGGUAAUUGAUGAUUUUUCGAAUGCUAUCAAUGGUGGAUCAUGUUCCUCUCCUGCGGAAUUGGCGGGCAAAGCAUUAUCUGGAGCAGGCGCGAUUACGAGUAGUGAGAUAUGUGCUCCGACUACCACUACGAUGACUACAACAACGACUACUACAGUGAUUGCACCGGUAGUGAUCCACACACCAUCUCAAGAAAUUAAUGUUAAAAUCGGGGAAACAGCAACACUGCCAUGCGUUUCAUCUGGCAUCCCUGCGCCUACAGUAGUUUGGACAACUCCUUCGGGAGGAGUCAUAUUUUCAACAGGAAAAUAUAACGUUGACUCCUCGACGGGAACUCUCACAAUAACGGGCAUCACGGACAAUCUUGCUGGAUAUUAUGUAUGUACAGCGUCAAACUCGCUCGGUGAUCAAGCUUCCAUUAAUAUUCGAGUAUGGGUUUGGUUUCCUCCUUAUAUAACCAACUUCGUAGAAGCAGCAAUCGUUUCAGAUUCUGAUGAAUGUCACGCAUUACCGUGCGAUGUCAAUGCUUAUCCUGCAGCUACUUUUACCUGGAUCGUUCCAAAUACAUCAACGAUAACUGGAAUUGACACUGGAAGUAUCAUUAUGACUUCAACGGGAAAACUAUAUUUCUCUACACCAGCUGAAUCAAGUACUGGAUAUUAUAAUUGUACUGCCAGUAAUUCCGAAGGAAGCGUAUCAAGAGAAGCAUUUGCGUAUAUUUACAAUGCUACGGAAGUAAAUGUAGAUCCAGUUACUGUACUCGCCGCCGAAGGCUCAUCCGUAGAGUUAGAUGGAUCUGUAGUUUUUUCUACCUCCGGUUUCGUGUGGUCACUUCCGUCUGGCAAUCUUGUGAUGGCUUCAAUUUUACUGAGGGGUUCAUCAAGUUCGACAGGGAGCACAGACAGCGGCACAAGUGACAAUGGUAACACAGUAACUGACGGAAAUACCGGGACAGAUGGAGAUAACGGAACUGAUGGGAAUACUGGAACAGACGGAAACACAGGAACGGAUGGAAACACCGGAACUGAUGGGAGCACAGAUAGUGGGAAUGGCGGAACCUUGUCAGUUGCUUAUCGCAUAACAAAUAAUGAACUUGUGUAUUCAAGCGAAUCUCUUUCGCAAGCCUACAGCGUAAACACUACCACAGGUUCUUUGAUAGUACAAUCCGUGACGUCAUCAUCCUCAGGAAGCGCCAUUGGUGUUACAACUGGAACAUAUCGGCUUCUGACACCUCGCGGAACGCUGACAUUCAACUUGGCUAUUGACACUAACUCAACCGACGGUGUUGCUGUCUCUUCCAACUCAACUACAAAUACAACAGUUGGUGCGGAAGCCAUAUCCGGAAGCGGUAUUUCUACAACAGCCAUAUAUUACAUAUGUCUCAGUGCUAUUUUGUUUUGUAUUGUAUGCACUUUCCUCGCUUGUGUAUAUAUUUUCCGCAAAGGAAAAAAGAAUAAAUAUAAAGAAGCUGUCGCGACGCCAAAGGCAAUAAAAACAUAUUAAUCUUUUCGAAAUUUCCUCUUGACAAGCCUAUGACAAUCAGGGCUUUGAAGAAUAAUCACACUGAAUGAUUCCAAUAAUCUCUCAAAAGCUCCGUAACUCUUGCUACCUCGCCGAAAAUAGAAUGUACCUGUACAGCACCCCGAAAUAAAUACAAAUUACAGUGGUGCAUUGCUGUUUAGUAAUUUCCAGUAUCCCUUUUUAUUAGAAGUACAAGCAUAAUUUUACUUACUAGAUGAUCAAUAGUGAUUUCGUAGAUUUUUUUCUUCCUUUAUUUAUUGCUUCUAUCCCAAAUAUAUUUGCACUACUGCG